AUGAAGCUCCUGCUGCGUUUAGCUGUCCUGGGGAUUCUGGGGGUCCUCUCUGCGACCCCCGAGGACCAGUUUACAGGCAUCUCAGAGGACACCUUAAAACAGUUGUCACUGAGUGGAGAGAAAGUUGUGGAUGAGGAGAUGAAGAGGGCUCUGUACGGGGUGAAGCAGAUGAAGGAGGUGAUGUGGAGGAACGAGCAGAAGCACGACCACCUCAUGAGGUCGCUCCAACACAGCAGCGACAAGAAGAAGGCAGCAGUCCAGCUGGCUAAGGAGGUGACUGACAAGCUGAAGGAGGCGGAGGAGCAGUGCAAAGACUCUCUGCAGUCAGAGUAGGAGUGCAGACCCUGUCUGGAGGAUGCAUGUAAAACUUUCUACACCUCCACCUGCCGCAGGGGAUUUGCAACUUUCCAGAACAAGGUGGAGAACUUGUUUCGCAGAGUGUCCCGCCGCUUUGGCCCCCGUCAGCCCCGCAUUGAAGCAGAGGACAUCCUGGUGAAUCAGGGCCCUGAUGACACCGACAAUGAAGUCUCCCGCAUCGAGGAGUCCUUUGGCAGCCUGAUGAGCAAAGUAGGCAUCCUUGUGAACCGCAGCAUUACCCUGGUCUCCAAGAUGAGCAGCCUGGACAAAGUCCUCCAGAGGGCUUUCCUAAACAACACUGACAUCUUGAAGGAGGAGGCCGACACCUCUGACCCCUACAACCCCGCCCGGGACUCUGGCUUUCUGCAGGGAGUGGGCCUGGAGGAGGUGCUGGACUCCUUCUUUGAUUUUGGGAAGAGUGUGGUGGAGGAGUUUGGAGCUGUGGUGACGCAGGUGUUUGAUGACGUUCAGGUGGCAGUGGAGGAAGAGAAGAAGAGAGAGAGGGAAAGUUUCCCUCGUUUCCUGCAGAACAGAAAGUUGUGCAGAGACCUUCGCAAGCAGACCUCAGAGUGUUGGCGUCUGCAGAGCCAGUGUGAGGCCUGCCAGGGACCUCUACUCACAGAGUGCCAGGGUGUCCGGGAGCUUCACGUUGAGCUGGAUGAGGUCUCCCAGCUGCUGGAUGUGUCCAAAGAGCAGUACGAUGAGAUCUUGUCCAUCGUGCAGCGUCACACUGAUGAGACGGUGAGCUGGCUCGGCAACAUGGCAUCCGAGUUCAGCUGGGUGGCUCAAGCUGUGAGCAACAGCAGCGCUCUUGAGAAUGUCUUCCGUGUCUCUGUGGUGGCACCAAAGACCCUUGAUGAGCAGAAUCUGUCUGAGACUGAGACCACAGUGGAAGUGAACAUCCUGAACUCUCCCCCUCUGAUCCUCUCUGUACCUGGGGAGCUGGUCCUGCAGGACCCGGCUUUCAUCCAGUACGUGGCCCAGGAGGCUCUGAGCAAGUACAAAGACAUGGUCAGGUUUGAGGAUGAGUGAAACUACCAUGUCCCCUUUAAGGAGUCACUUUCAGCACUUUCUUUGUGAGCAGAACUAGACUGUGAUCCUGUAAAGUAGCAUAAUCUCACUGAAAUGUAAAUAAACUGCAGUCAACCUGAAACAAUCACUGCAUAUGAAUGUAAAAAGUUACACUACAGAAUUCUGCAUACAAGAUAUUUCAAAAGUGUGAAUAAAAAAGAGAAAACAACAA